CGUGUGAGCGAGCAGGCUCCUGCGCAGCCAUGGCCGAGGGCGGAGAAGGGGAGGACGAGAUCCAGUUCUUGAGAACUGAUGAUGAGGUGGUUCUUCAGAGUGUGGCCACCAUUCAAAAGGAGCAUCGCAAGUUUUGCCUGGCCGCUGAGGGACUUGGGAACCGCUUAUGUUACCUGGAACCGACCUCUGAAGCUAAGUAUGUUCCUCCGGACCUGUGCAUUUGUAACUUUGUACUGGAGCAGUCGCUGUCAGUGCGAGCACUGCAGGAGAUGCUGGCUAACACUGGACAGAGCAGCGAGGGGAGUAGCGACCAUGAAAAAUGGGGAGGUUCAUCGAGGUUGAUUAAAAAGGCGGGCCAGGGGGGCGGACAUCGGACCCUGCUCUAUGGUCACGCCAUCCUCCUGCGCCACUCCUUCAGUGGCAUGUACCUGACCUGUUUGAAGACGUCAAGGUCUCUGACAGACAAGUUGUCAUUUGAUGUCGGACUACAAGUUGAUUCAAUAGGAGAGGCCUGUUGGUGGACCAUCCACCCUGCCUCCAAGCAGAGGUCAGAAGGAGAGAAGGUCCGCAUCGGAGAUGAUCUGAUUCUCGUCAGCGUGUCAACAGAACGCUACUUGCACCUCUCCAUCUCCAAUGGCAACAUCCAGGUGGAUGCGUCGUUCAUGCAAACCCUGUGGAACGUCCAGCCAACCUGCUCCUCCAGCAACAUGGCUGUAGGGUACUUGGUUGGUGGUCAUGUGAUGCGUCUCUGUCGUGGCCAUGAUGAGAGUUUGACCAUCCCUGGAGCAGAAAGGAGUGAGGAGGAGCAGCGGAUAGUCAACUACGAGGCCGGUAAGGGAGUGUCAAAAGCCCGCUCCCUGUGGAGACUGGAGCCUCUGAGGAUCAGCUGGAGCGGAAGCCACAUUCGCUGGGGUCAGGCCUUCCGACUACGCCACCUCUCCACCGGCCAUUACCUGGCCCUGACUGAGGACCGGGGACUGAUCCUACAGGACAGGGAGAGGUCCGACACCACUGCCGCCUCCUUCUGCUUCAGACCCUCCAAGGAAAAGGGGGAGUCGGGCCCAAAGAGAGACGUUGACGGCAUGGGUGUGCCAGAGAUCAAAUAUGGCGAUUCUGUCUGCUUCGUCAUGCAUGUGACAACUGGACUGUGGCUGUCUUACCAAGCGCCUGAUGCCAAAUCGUCUCGUCUUGGACCCGUGAAAAGAAGGGCCUGCCUGCAUUCUGAAGGCCACAUGGAUGACGGCCUGACUCUUCAGCGCUGUCAGCAUGAGGAGUCUCAAGCUGCUCGCAACAUCCGCAAUACAACGUUCCUCUUCACCAACUUCAUCAAGGCUUUGGACGGCACCACGGUAGCUGUGUCUACGGAGGUGGCCGGCUACAUAGAGGAGGUGCUACAGACGCUGAAUGACCUGAUCCAGUACUUCAAGCAGCCCGACUCUGAGCUGGAGCACGAGGAGAAGCAAUGUCUCCUGCGUUCGCUCAUCAAACGUCAGGACCUGUUCAAAGAGGAGGGCAUGCUCACCCUCCUGUCAAAAUGCAUUGACCGGAUGAACCUGUACAACAGCGCCGCCCACUUUGGUGAGAUGGCUGGGGAGGAGGCGGGGGCAGCAUGGAAGGACAUCCUCAACCUCCUUUAUGAGCUCCUGGCUGCACUAAUUCGUGGGAACAGGAACAACUGCACCCAGUUUUCUCGGAACCUCGACUGGUUGGUCAGCAAACUGGAAAGACUUGAGUCAUCAUCAGGCAUCCUGGAAGUUCUGCACUGUGUCUUGAUUGAAAGUCCCGAGGCUUUGAACAUCAUCCAGAGAGGACACAUCAAAUCCAUCAUCUCUUUGCUGUACAAACACGGACGCAACCACAAGAUUCUGGACAUCUUGUGCUCCCUCUGCGUAUGUAACGGUGUGGCUGUGAGAGCCAAUCAAAAUUUGAUCUGUGACAACCUGCUUCCCAAAAGGGACCUGCUUCUUCAGACCCGACUAGUCAAUGAUGUUCAUAGCAUGAGGCCUAACAUCUUCUUGGGUGUGGCCGAAGGCUCUGCCCAAUACAAAAAGUGGUACGUCGAGGUGGUGAUCGAUCAGGUGGACCACUUUGUAACGGGUGAAUCCACCCACCUGAGGGUGGGCUGGGCUAACACGAAAGGCUACGCCCCGUAUCCUGGUGGAGGCGAGGGAUGGGGAGGCAACGGCGUGGGCGACGAUCUCUACUCUUACAGCUUUGAUGGUCUUCACCUCUGGUCAGGUCGCAUCCCACGGGCGGUGGCCUCUAUUAACCAGCACCUGUUGACCUCAGAUGACGUGGUUAGUUGUUGUCUGGACUUGGGCUCCCCCAGCAUGUCCUUUAGGAUCAACGGGCAGCCUGUGCAGGGCAUGUUUGAAGACUUCAACACGGAUGGAUUCUUCUUUCCUGUCAUCAGCUUCUCUGCUGGUGCCAAAGUGCGUUUCUUGUUGGGUGGACGGCAUGGAGAUUUCAAGUUCCUACCCCCAGCCGGUUACUCUCCGUGCUAUGAGGCGCUGCUGCCAAAGGAGAAGAUGCACGUGGAGCCUGUGAAGGAGUACAAGAGGGAUCACGAAGGAGUCCGAGACCUGUUGGGAACAACCCAAUUUCUUUCCCAGGCCUCCUUCAUCCCCACUCCGGUUGACACCAGCCAGAUUGUUCUUCCGCCUCACAUGGACAACAUCCGAGACAAGCUGGCAGAAAACAUUCACGAACUGUGGGGUAUGAACAAGAUCGAGCUAGGAUGGACGUACGGCAAGGUUCGGGAUGACAACAAGAGGCAGCACCCAUGCCUUGUUGAUUUUACCAAGUUGCCUGAAACGGAAAGAAGCUACAACCUGCAAAUGUCAAGCGAAACACUUAAGACCCUCAUGGCUCUUGGAUGCCAUGUUGCCCAGGUCAACAUUCAUGCAGAGGACGAUCUGAAGAAUAUCAAACUUCCCAAAGACUACAUGAUGUCCAGUGGAUAUAAGCCUGCCCCUCUGGACCUUUCUGAUGUGAAGCUGACUGCAGGUCAGGAGGUUCUCGUUGACAAGCUAGCAGAAAAUGCACACAACGUGUGGGCCAAAGACAGAAUCAAACAAGGAUGGACAUAUGGAAUCCAGCAGGAUUUAAAGAGCAGGCGUAAUCCUCGCCUGGUGCCAUAUGCUUUACUUGAUGAGCGCACGAAGAAGUCUAACAGAGACAGUCUGAGGGAGGCCAUCAGGACAAUGGUUGGCUAUGGAUAUGGCAUCGACCCUCCAGACCAGGAGGCUGUCCACGUGGCGGACAAUCAGAGCAUUGAGACUCUGCGUUUCUUCCGCGUGGAGCAAACGUACGCCGUGAAAACAGGAAAGUGGUACUUCGAGUUCGAUGCCCGGAGUGGAGGCGAUAUGAGGGUUGGCUGGGCGAGACCUGGCUGCAGACCUGAUGUGGAGCUUGGAACAGACGACCAGGCCUUUGUCUUUGAUGGAUACAAGGGUCGACGCUUACAUGCAGGGAGCCGCUACUUUGGGCAUCCGUGGAAAAAAGGAGACGUAGUGGGAUGCAUGAUCAACAUGGUGGACAAAUCGAUGAUUUUUACCCUGAACGGCGAACUCCUGAUCACCAACAAAGGCUCAGAGCUUUGCUUUACUGACUUUGAAACAGAAGACGGUUUUAUCCCGGCGUGUAGCGUGGGCAUGUCUCAGACGGGACGCAUGAACCUUGGGAAGGAUGCCAGCACCUUUAAAUACUACACCAUGUGUGGCCUCCAGGAGGGCUUCGAGCCCUUCGCUGUCAACAUGAACCGAGAGGUCACCAUGUGGUUUAGCAAACGCCUUCCCACUUUUGUCAAUCUACCCCAGGAUCACAGGGAUAUUGAGGUGACAAGGAUUGACGGGACAGUGGACAGCCCUCCCUGCCUUAAGGUCACCCACAAGACAUUUGGCACCCAGAACAGCAACAAUGAAAUGAUCUACUGCCGACUGAGCAUGCCUGUGGAAUACUUCUCUGCAGACAUGCGACUCGAGGAAUCAUUUAAACUCAGCCGUCCUCCAAAAGAAGACGGCGCUAUGGACUAUGGGAGUAUCACAACUUACUACCAUUCGGUACGAGUGUUUGCCGGGCAGGACCCUGCAUCUGUGUGGGUGGGCUGGGUCACGCCGGACUAUCAUUACUAUUCCAAGAACUUCAACCUCAACAAGACGAGAACAGUCACGGUCACCUUGGGUGAUGAAAGGGGCCGGGUCCAUGAGAGUGUCCAGAGAAGUAACUGCUACAUGGUGUGUGGAGCGGACGCAGUCGGCCCUUCUUCAUCCGGCCGCUCCAACUCUGACGUGGAGAUUGGCUGUCUGAUGGACUUGGCUACCGGCCUCGUCUCCUUCACUGCCAACGGCAAGGAGCUGUCUACCACUUAUCAGGUGGAGCCAAAUACCAAGCUGUUCCCUGCUGUGUUUGUACGGCCCACCAGUGCAAACCUUUUUCAGUUUGAAUUUGUCAAGACCAAGGAUGUCAUGCCAAUCUCUUCUGCUAUAUUUAAGAGUGAGCACAGGAACCCGGUGCCUCAGUGCCCGCCACGACUGGACGUCCAGACCAUUGUGGCGGUGCUGUGGAGCCGCAUGCCAAACACCUUCCUCAGUGUGGAGACCGCUCGAGUCAGCGAGAGACACGGCUGGGUGGUCCAGUGCUUGGAACCACUGCAGAUGAUGGCUGUGCAUAUACCAGAAGAAAAUAGGUGUUUGGACAUUUUGGAGUUAUCAGAACAUGAAGACUUAAGGAAGUUCCAUUAUCACACACUCAAGCUGUACUGUGCCCUCUGUGCCCUUGGUAACACUCGUGUAGCCCACGCCCUCUGCAGCCACUUGGACCAAUCGCAGCUCCUCUAUACAAUCGACAAUCAGUAUCUCUCUGGCAUGCUGAGGGAAGGCUUCUAUAAUGUUCUCAUCAGCAUCCAUCUUGAAACGGCGAAAGAGGCUCGCCUGAUGAUGAACAAUGAGUUCAUCAUCCCCGUGACAGAUGAGACGCGCUCAAUCAAGCUGUUCCCUGAUGAGUCGAAAAAGCACUCGCUACCUGGCGUAAGCUUGAGCACGUCCCUGAAGCCAAGGGUCAACUUCUCCCCUGCUUGUAUCAUCAGCACCAAGCGUCAGCAGUAUCUCCACAGUCCCCAAAUACCCCUGGGCAUCCUAAAAGAGAAGGCCAUCAGCAUGCUUACAGAGGCCGUGCAGGGCGGCGGCAUCCAUAUAAGAGACCCAGUGGGCGGGAGUGUGGAGUUCCAGUUUGUCCCCAUCCUCAAGCUGAUCGGAACACUCUUGAUCAUGGGUGUCUUAAACAGCGAGGAGGUGAGAUUGAUUCUCCUCCUGAUCGAUCCCAAUGUGUUCAGGGAGGGUGAGGCUGCGAAGGUGGACAAAAUGGCUGUUGCCGCGGAGAAAGAGGAGGUGAACGAGAAUGAAAAGAAGACUAUGGAGGCGGGAGAAGAGGAGAGGAAGGAGAGCAAGGCGGUGGUCCGUGGUCUUCUGGAGAAGUCUUUGCCCGAGUCUGUCAAACGGCAGAUGUGCGAGCUGCUGCAUUACUUCUGUGACUGCGAGCUGAAGCAUCGCAUCGAGGCCAUUGUCUCCUUCUCCGACAACUUUGUGUCCAAGCUGCAGUACAACCAGAAGUUCCGCUACAAUGAGCUCAUGCUGGCGCUCAACAUGUCCGCCGCCGUCACGGCCAAGAAGACCAAAGAGUUCCGCUCACCUCCUCAAGAGCAGAUCAACAUCCUAUUGAACUUCACCACGGGCGAUGACUGCCCAUGCCCUGAGGACCUCCAGGAAGAACUCAAUGGCUUCCAUGAAGAACUGCAGCUGCACUGCGGAAUCCCAGUGGAGGAGGACGAGGAAGAGCAGGACACAUCGAUUAAAGGUCGUCUCUUGGCCUUGCUCUACAAGAUCAAGGGUCCGCCUCAAAAGGCUGAGGAAGAACCUGAAGAGAAAGAGCAGGCUUCCCCCACCAAUCUAAAGGAGCUGAUCUCCCAGACUAUAACCAGCUGGGCCCAGGAGACCCACAUGCAAGAUCCCGAGCUGGUCCGAGUGAUGUUCAGUCUGCUAAGGAGGCAGUAUGAUGGCAUCGGGGAGCUGCUUCGUGCCAUGAAGAAAUCCUACUCCAUCAGUGCUGCAUCCGUGCAAGACGCUAUUAACCUGCUGGCCUCCUUGGGUCAGAUCAGGUCUCUGCUGUCCGUGCGUAUGGGCAUGGAGGAGGAAAGGCUUAUGAUUGAUGGACUGGGGGACAUAAUGAACAAUAAGGUUUUCUACCAGCAUCCAAACCUCAUGAGAGUGUUGGGCAUGCAUGAGACCGUAAUGCAGGUUAUGGUCAACGUGCUUGGAGGAGACAAGUCACAGGAAAUUGCCUUCCCCAAGAUGGUUGCAAGCUGUUGUCGCUUUUUGUGCUACUUCUGUCGUAUUAGUCGCCAGAACCAGAAAGCCAUGUUUGACCACCUAAGCUAUCUGCUGGAGAACAGCAGUGUCGGUCUGGCCUCUGAAGCAAUGCGGGGAUCUACUCCGCUGGAUGUUGCCGCAUCAUCAGUGAUGGACAAUAAUGGCCUCGCUCUGGCCCUGGAGGAACCAGAUCUAGAAAAGGUGGUGACAUACCUCGCAGGAUGUGGUCUUCAGAGUUGUGCCAUGCUGGUUGCCAAGGGUUACCCAGACCUGGGAUGGAACCCCAUAGAAGGGGAGCGUUACCUGUCAUUCCUGAGGUUUGCGGUCUUCUCCAACGGUGAGAGUGUUGAGGAAAAUGCCAACGUGGUGGUGAAGCUGCUGAUCCGACGUCCCGAGUGUUUCGGCCCCGCUCUGAGGGGAGAGGGGGGUCAGGGUCUGCUGGCUGCCAUGAAAGAGGCCAUCGAGAUCUCCGAGGAUCCUGCUCUGGACCUGCCGAAACUUUCUGCUGCCAUCACGACUGGGUCGGGUGAAGAAGAGGAAGAAAUAAUUCACAUGGGGAACUCUAUCAUGUCUUUCUACUCGGCCCUCAUUGACCUGCUAGGUCGCUGUGCCCCAGAGAUGCAUCUCAUCAACGCAGGUAAAGGUGAAGCGCUGCGUAUUCGAGCCAUUCUACGCUCCCUGGUUCCAACCACAGACCUGGUUGGCGUCAUCAGCAUCCCCCUCACAAAGCCUGUAGUUAACAAAGAUGGCGAAGUGACAGAACCCGAUAUGUCAGCCUGUUUCUGUCCGGAUCACAAGGCCCCCAUGGUGCUCUUCCUGGACAGAGUGUACGGCAUCGAGGACCAGAGCUUCCUCCUCCAGCUGUUGGAGGUCGGCUUCCUGCCCGACCUCCAAACUGCUGCCUCUUUAGACACGGAAGUGCUAAGUACCACGGAGACGGCGUUGGCCAUGAACAGGUACAUCGGCUCAGCUCUGCUGCCUCUGCUGACCCGCUGCGCCGCCUUGUUCGCCAGCACCGAGCACCACACGCAGCUGAUCGACGCCACGCUAAAAACCAUCUAUCGCCUCUCCAAAGGACGCUCGCUCACCAAAGCGCAAAGAGAUAUUAUUCAGGAGUGCCUUCUGGCUAUUUGCAAGCAUCUGCGUCCCUCCAUGAUGCAGCAGCUGCUCCGACGCUUAGUGUUUGAUGUUCCCAUGCUCACGGAAUACUGCAACAUACCUCUACAGUUACUGACCAACCACUAUGAACAGAACUGGAAGUACUAUUGUCUUCCAUCUGGGAUGAACAGCUUUGGCACAGCCUCGGAGGAGGAGCUCCUUCUCACCAAGAAACACUUCUGGGGAAUUUUUGACUCACUUUCUCAGAAGAAAUAUGAUGCUGAACUGUUCAAAAUGGCCAACUCCUGCCUUUGCGCCAUUGCUGGAGCCCUGCCUCCUGACUUUGUGGAUGCCAGUUUAGGAGCAACACUGGAUAACCAUGCAUCUAUUGAUGCACAGGGAAACUUUGACCCCAAAUCUAUAAACACAGCCAAUAUCUCCCUACCUGAAAAACUUGAGUACAUUGCCAACAAAUAUGCAGAGCAUUCCCAUGACAAGUGGUCUUCAGAGAAGGUAUCAGCAGGGUGGAAAUACGGAGAAAGUAUGGAUGAGCAAGCCAAAAAGCAUCCACUGCUUAAGCAUUACAAAUCUCUGAGCGAGAAGGAGAAAGAAACAUACCGAUGGCCGGCGAGGGAGUCGUUGAAGAGCAUGCUGGCGAUGGACUGGAACAUUGAGAGGACCAAGGAGGGAGAGGCCAUGUGCCAACAACGCGAGAAUGAGAAACAAAAGAGUUUGGAGACACAGGUCAAUGGAUUCACUCCUUCUCCAAUGGACCUGCACAAUUUCACAUUGUCUAGAGAACUGCAGGGCAUGGUUGAGGUGAUUGCUGAAAAUUAUCACAACAUCUGGGCCAAGAAGAAGAAAAGUGAACUCAUGAGCAAAGGAGGAGGGAGCCACCCGCUGCUGGUACCCUAUGAUAUCCUGACUGCUAAAGAGAAAUACAGAGACAGAGCGAAGGCCCAGGAGAUCUUCAAGUUCCUGCAGAUAAGCGGCUAUGCAAUCACAAGAGGUUUGAAAGACAUGGAGCAGGACUCUUCAUCCAUGGAGAAGCGAUUUGCAUACAAGUUUCUCAAAAGGCUGCUGCAAUGUGUCGACUCUGCCCAGGAGUUUAUCGCACACCUUGAGGCAAUUGCCACGAGCGGGAAGACUGACAAAUCACCUCAUGACCAGGAAAUCAAGUUCUUUGCAAAGGUGUUGCUCCCGCUGACAGAUCAGGCUUUUAAGAACCAAUGCCUCUACUUCCUGUCCACGCCCAGCAAGAACCUGAGCAGCUGUGGCUAUGCCUCCAACAAGGAGAAAGAGAUGGUCACAAGCCUUUUCUGUAAACUGGCAGCUCUUGUCAGACACAGGAUUUCUCUCUUUGGAAGUGACUCUUCAAUGAUGGUGAGCUGCCUUCACAUUCUCACUCACUCACUUGACACCAGAACAGUAAUGAAGUCAGGUACGGAGCUGGUAAAAGCCGGGUUUCGGACCUUCUUUGAUAAUGCAGCGGAGGACCUGGAGAAGCUUCUAGAGAUGCUCAAACUGGGGAAGUUCAUGCAGUCGCGUGCCCAGAUGAAGAGCGUCAGUCAGAGCAUUCACUACGUGACCGUGGCGCUUCUGCCCAUCCUCACUGCCUUAUUUGAUCACAUUAGAACGCAUGAGUUUGGAGUGGACCUGCUGUUGGAUGACGUUCAGCUGUCCUGCUACCGAAUCCUGACUUGUUUCUACUCUCUUGGAACUGGAAAGAACAUCUUCGUGGAAAGGUAUCUGCCAGUACUCGGUGAGAGCCUGGCCACUCUAGUGGGCGCCAUGCCUGUAGCUUUCCUGGAACCUCACCUGAACACCCACAACCCGCUGUCCGUCUUCAACACCAAGACACCACGCGAGAGGGCCAUUCUCAGUAUGCCUGAUACGGUGGAGGAAAUGUGUCCAGAGAUGCCUCGUCUUGACAAGCUGCUGAAGGAUGUCAACGAUGUCUCAGAGACUGGUGCACGCUACAGUGAGAUGCCGCAGGUGAUUGAAGUGAUCUUGCCCAUGUUGUGCAACUACCUGUCCUACUGGUGGGGGAAAGGUCCAGAAAACCCUCCUGUGAGUGGUGAGUGCUGCACCAUGGUGAUAUCAGAGCACCUCAGCAUCAUUCUCGGGAACAUUCUCAAGAUCCUCAACAGCAACCUGGGCAUUGAUGAUGCCCCCUGGAUGAAGAGGAUUGCAGUCUACUCUCAGCCAAUUAUCAGUAAAGCAGGAGCCGAUCUGCUGAGAACCCAUUUUUUGCCAACGCUGGACAAACUGAAAAAGAAGACAGUGAAGGUGGUGUCUGAAGAGGAGUUAUUGAAGGCUGAUGGCAAAAGUGACAAUCAGGAGGCAGAGCUUCUUAUCUUAGAUGAGUUUGCUGUGCUCUGCCGAGACCUCUAUGCCUUCUACCCCAUGCUCAUUCGCUAUGUAGACAUCAACAGGUCGAGGUGGCUUAAGGAGCCUCAUUCAGACUCCACAGAACUCUUCAGGAUGGUGGCAGAUAUCUUCAUCCUCUGGUGCAAGUCUCAUAAUUUUAAGCGUGAGGAGCAAAACUUUGUCGUGCAGAACGAGAUCAAUAAUUUGGCCUUCCUCACUGGAGAAGGCGAGACAAAAAUGUCCAAGUCUGGUGGCGACCAGGAGAGAAAGCACAAGCGUCGUCGAGGGGAGUACUACUCCAUCCACACCUCUUUGAUUGUGGCUGCACUGAAAAAGAUGCUGCCCAUCGGCCUCAACAUGUGCACCCCAGGAGACCAGGAGCUCAUCUCCUUGGCUAAGAUGCGCUACAGUUUGAAAGAUACUGAUGAUGAGGUGAAGGACCACUUGCGCCAGAACCUUCAUCUGCAGGACAAGUCUGAUGACCCCGCAGUCCAGUGGCAGUUGAACCUCUACAAAGACAUCACGAUGAAGAGUGGUGAGCCAGUUAACCCAGAACACACAGUGGAUCGGGUUCAGAACAUCUCGGCUGCAGUUUUCCAUCUGGAACAGGUGGAGCAGCCUUUAAGGAAUAAGAAAUGUGUGUGGCAGAAGCUGCUGUCCAAACAACGCAAACGGGCUGUGGUGGCCUGCUUCCGUAUGGCCCCCCUUUACAAUCUUCCUAGGCAUCGUGCUAUCAACCUCUUCAUCCCAGCCUAUCAGAGAAUAUGGAUAGAGGCAGAGGAGUACUCCUUUGAGGAAAAGCUAGUUCAGGAUCUGGCAGUAAGUACUGGGCAGCCCUCGCCCGUGCCCCGUGUGCCCUGCGUUGGCACCCCUCUGCCAGUCCUGCCUGCCGAUCGCCUCUUUAGCUCUGUGCCCGUUGAGUCUUGGGAGCGCACACGGGCGGGGACUUCGCUCAAAGCAUCGGGGGCACCCCGUUCUAGGUGUACGAAACCCUUCAAACAGAGAUCCGUUCGAGGUCAAAGACUGCAUGAUCGACUCAGGAGGCACAGGGCCAGCUCUGGCGCUCACAGCUCUAGAAAACCAGGCUAUACCAUUCUGACAGCAGUGAAAACCCCCAUGAAGAUAGUGGAGGAGGAUGAAGAAGAGGUGGCUGAAGUCCAGCCAGACCCUCUACACCAACUCAUCCUCCAUUUUAGCCACAAUGCUCUGACCGAAAGAAGUCACUUGGAAGAAGAUCCUUUGUAUAUCGCGUAUGCUGACAUGAUGGCAAAGAGCUGUACAGAGGAUGUGGAAGAAGAGGAGGAAGAAGAGAAAGAGAAGACAUUUGAGGAAAAGGAGAUGGAAAAGCAGAAGAUCUUGUAUCAGCAGGCUAGGCUGCAUGCUCGUGGUGCGGCUGAGAUGGUGUUGCAGAUGAUUAGUGCUAGUAAAGGACACCUAGGCCCCAUGGUGACUUGCACCCUCAAACUUGGCAUUUCCAUCUUAAAUGGCGGCAAUGUGCAAGUUCAGCAAAAAAUGCUGGAUUACUUGAAAGAGAAAAGGGAUGCAGGCUUUUUCAAAAGCCUCUCAGGACUGAUGCAGUCAUGCAGUGUCUUGGACUUGAAUGCAUUCGAGAGGCAGAAUAAGGCAGAAGGACUCGGCAUGGUGACAGAAGAAGGUUCAAUCCACACCGAGCGGGGUUCUAAGGUGUUACUGAAUGAUGAGUUUACAAAAGAUUUGUUCCGGUUUUUGCAACUUCUGUGCGAGGGACACAAUGGGGAGUUCCAGAACUUCCUGAGAACACAAACUGGAAACACAACCACGGUCAACAUUAUUAUCAGCACUGUUGACUACUUGCUCCGCCUUCAGGAAUCGAUCAGUGACUUUUACUGGUACUACUCUGGCAAAGAUAUCAUUGAUGAGACUGGAAAAGUUAACUUCUCCAAAGCGUUGUCUGUGGCCAAGCAGAUAUUCAACUCACUGACUGAAUAUAUCCAGGGCCCUUGUAUUGGAAACCAGCAGAGUCUCGCUCACAGCAGACUGUGGGAUGCAGUUGUGGGCUUCUUGCAUGUUUUUGCCAACAUGCAGAUGAAACUGUCUCAGGAUGCCAGUCAGAUUGAACUGCUGAAGGAGCUGAUGGAUUUGCAGAAGGAUAUGGUUGUCAUGCUGCUGUCUCUGCUAGAAGGCAACGUUGUGAAUGGAACGAUCGGGAAGCAGAUGGUUGACACCCUCAUGGAGUCUUCUAACAACGUUGAGAUGAUCCUGAAAUUCUUCGACAUGUUCCUCAAGCUGAAGGACCUGACAACGUCAGAAAAUUUCAAGGAGUAUGACCUCGAGUGCAAGGGUGUCAUUUCAAAGAAAGAGUUCCAGAAAUCGAUGGAGAGCCAAAAGCAGUACAGCCAAUCGGAGAUCGACUUCCUCCUCUCUUGUGCGGAGGCCGACGAAAGUGAUAUGUUCAACUACAAGGAGUUUGUAGAGCGAUUCCAUGAACCCGCCAAAGACAUCGGCUUCAACGUGGCCGUAUGGCUGACGAAUCUGUCCGAGCACAUGCCACAGGACACCCGGCUUGCCACCUUCUUGGAUCUGGCCGAGAGCGUGCUGAGCUACUUCGAGCCUUACCUCGGGCGUAUCGAAAUCAACGGCAGUGCAAAACGCAUCGAGAGGGUGUACUUUGAGAUCAGCGAGUCCAGCCGAGAGCAGUGGGAGAAGCCGCAAGUCAAGGAGUCCAAACGGCAGUUCAUCUUCGACGUAGUCAAUGAGGGCGGCGAGAGCGAGAAGAUGGAGAUGUUUGUCAAUUUCUGUGAGGACACCAUUUUUGAGAUGCAGUUGGCCUCGCAGAUCUCUGAACAUGAUGCUGUGGAGCAACUGGAGGCGGAGGAAGAGGAGGAGGUAUUCACCAUCCUAGAUGAACUGGCUGGCAAAGAGGGCUCUUCAGAGUCUUCCUCUGCUUUCGCUUCUGCAUGCAGCUCAGUCAGGAAGAGGUUGCGUCACGUACGCCAAAUUGUUUCUGUUAAAAACAUCCGCAAGAAGCUCUGGAAACGGAAGAAGCUGAGCAUAAAAGAGAUGAUCACAUGCUUCUUCUCUUUCUUCUGGAUGCUGUUAGCUGGCUUCUUUAAAGGAAUCAGUAACCUCAUAUUUGGUUUCUUCCACGUCAUCUGGUCUUCCAUGUUUGGCGGCGGCUUGGUUGAAGGUGCCAAGAACAUGAAGGUGACAGAUAUCCUCGGAAAUAUGCCUGAUCCAACUCAGUUUGGCAUCCACGGAGAUGCCAUUGAAGGAGAGAAAUUAGAGGCCUUGGAGUCUUCGGGAAGUUCUGACACGACUGUGGUUCCAGCGGCGGACAUAGCUGAGGUUGACACUAUGUUGGAGAUGCUGAACGUGCCCAAGAGGGAAGGCGGAAAGCUUGUGGAGCAUGGCUUGGGGGAUUUUUCUGAACUCAACGGUGAGACUUCCACCACGGACCAUAAGAAAGCUGCUGCCAAGGCUGAUGAAUCCCCUGAGAGUGAACCUGAGAAAGCAGACACGGAGAACAAGGAGAAGGAGGACCAACCAAAGAAAGAGGAAGCCAAGGAGCCAGCAACCGAGGAAAAGCCCAAAGCCAAAUCAAGUCGAGCCAAGGAAGCUUCUCCGGCCUUCAUGUCAAAUGUUUUUUGCACGCUUGAUGUCUAUCUGACCAAAAUGCUGAAUUAUCUGGCUCGCAACUUCUACAAUCUGCGUUUCCUGGCUCUGUUUGUGUGUUUUGCCAUCAACUUCAUUCUGCUCUUCUACAAGGUCACUGCAGAGGAAGGGGGAGAUGAUGAUAAACACUGGGAGGAGGAUGACGAGGACACGCUCUUUGACAUGGAUGAGUUUGUUCUCCAAGAGAGUACCGGCUACAUGUUGCCAACGCUGCGCUUCCUGGCCAUAUUCCACACCGUCAUCUCGCUGGUGUGUUUGGUGGGAUACUACUGUCUGAAGGUUCCUUUAGUGGUGUUCAAGCGAGAGAAGGAGAUAGCCAGGAAGCUGGAAUUCGAUGGGCUUUACAUCACCGAGCAACCGUCUGAUGAGGACAUCAAGGGUCAGUGGGAUCGACUUGUCAUCAACACCCCUUCCUUUCCCAGCAACUACUGGGACAAGUUUAUCAAGCGUAAGGUGAUCAACAAAUACGGGGACUUAUACGGAGCCGAACGCAUCGCCGAGCUCUUAGGCCUGGAUAAAAGUGCUCUGGACUUUGACCCCACAGUGGAGACGGUAGAGAAGGAAGCUUCACUGCUUUCCUGGCUCAGCUCCAUUGAUACAAAAUACCACAUUUGGAAAUUGGGAGUGGUUUUGACCGACAAUUCCUUCCUGUAUCUAAUCUGGUACACCACCAUGUCCAUUUUUGGGCACUUCAACAACUUCUUCUUUGCUGCUCACCUGCUGGACAUUGCCAUGGGCUUCAAGACCCUCCGCACCAUCCUGUCAUCUGUGACACACAAUGGCAAGCAGUUGGUGCUGACCGUUGGUCUGCUGGCGGUGGUCGUGUACCUCUACACUGUGGUGGCCUUCAACUUUUUCCGAAGGUUCUAUAAUAAGAGCGAGGACGAAGACGAGCCUGACAUGAAGUGUGACGACAUGAUGACGUGCUAUCUGUUCCACAUGUACGUGGGCGUAAGAGCCGGGGGUGGCAUCGGAGAUGAGUUGGAGGACCCGGCUGGAGACCCCUAUGAGCUCUACCGCAUCCUUUUUGACAUCACCUUCUUCUUCUUCGUCAUUGUCAUCUUGCUGGCCAUCAUUCAGGGUUUGAUCAUUGAUGCCUUUGGUGAGCUGAGAGACCAGCAGGAGCAAGUGAAGGAGGACAUGGAGACCAAAUGCUUCAUCUGUGGCAUCGGGAACGACUACUUCGAUCGGACACCUCACGGUUUUGAAACUCACACCUUACAGGAGCACAACCUUGCAAACUACCUGUUCUUCCUGAUGUACCUGAUUAACAAGGAUGAGACGGAACACACAGGCCAGGAGUCGUAUGUGUGGAAGAUGUACCAGGAGAGAUGCUGGGACUUCUUCCCGACCGGCGACUGUUUCCGGAAGCAAUACGAGGAUCAGUUGGGCUAAAGACAGCCAACGUGUCUGGUGACUUUCUUAGAUAUGACAUGACUUCAUUCGAGUUAAGAUGAAAAUUUGCUGAUAAAUGUAGCAAAAUAUUUUUAUUAUUAUUUUUAUUUUUUUUUAAAUGAGACUGAAUUUGGUUUGAUGGGAGGCAUCCAAGUUGGUACCAAAAUGGGAUGACGCCUCUUUUAUGCAACAUUUUUUCAUCUUUUCACCUGCUCAACCCACAAUGUUUAACACAUACGAAGCUUGACAUCAGAUACCGUAAUUUCUUGUGUAUAAUGCACACCCAUGUAUAAUAUGCACCACCAAAGUUGACCUCACAAUUCUGGGAAAACCCUUCUACCCAUCUGUUGGAUUUAUCUUACCCAACAUUAUAAAAAAUAGACACAAAAGGAAUGAAGACGCUGGUUUCUUUUUCUCAUGAGGAGGGCGUAUGGGAGAUUGUUCAGAUUACAGCCUCUCAUCACGCUCUAAACAAACUCUCCCGUCGCGCCUGCAUUUAUUUGAAAAUAGGGAGGUUUCUAAGUUUACAAGACAUAACGUACUAAGCUACAAGACACAACACACUAAGGGUAGGGUUUCAAGGUGAAAACAUGGGACCAACACGUCCCGGCCACGUCCUUCUCUCUGAUGAUUCCUGUUGAGUCAUCUUCUUGAAGACGAGACAUCUUCCUUUAUCAAAAUCGUCCAUAAUACUAAUGCAAGCUAAGCAAAUAAAUGAUAACUUCUACAAUAUAUUUAACAUAUAGUGCAUUUUUACAAUGCAUGAUUUUGCAUCUACCCAUAUGAUCAAAACAUGUUUAAAAAAAAAAAAUAACCUAACAAAAUACAGGUAAAUAAUUAUUCUUAAUUUAAGCACUUUAUUUGAACAUGUAAACAUUUUUUAAAUUAUUCACUUGCUCUUAUUUUGAAAUUCAAAGCCCUACUUUUAUUUAGUAAAUGCGAAAACACAGUUGUGCUCAAAUGUUUGAUUACCCAGGCAGAAUUUGUAAGAUGGGUACAAUUCUUUAAAGAAAAGAUAGACCAGGCGAAACAUUUAAUUUUAUUUUAAUGGGAUUCAAAUUAAACGGUCUAGCAUUUCAGAAAAGCAUUAUCAUUAAAUAAAACAGAACCAUAAAGAAAUGAAUGAUGGUUGUUGUUCAUUCCCUAUGUAUAUUCAUUCCCUAUUGACUUGACAAUUUUUUGGGGGGGAAAUGUGCAUUAUACACGAGAAAUUACAGUACUUAUUUUUGAUCGCCGCUGAUACAGAAAUUAAACCUCAUAUCUGCCUUUUAAAAAUCUGUUUAAACAUGACUCGUCACUUUAUGAUAAACUUUAAAUGCCAAGGUGCCUUUUAAGAAACUAUGCACACACAAAAAAACAAGACAUUUUUGUCCCUCUUGACACAGACAGUGCUCAUGCUUAUGCUAAUUUUGUGGCUUUUAUGUGAAAGAAAAAAAAAACAUUUGUUAUAUAAAAUCUAGACGUGUAAAAUGUCGUUCAGUUUUUUCUUAUGCUGCCUGUCUGCACUUGUUUCCACAACAGAAGAGCCAAACAGAGAACAAAAGAAAAACACAUUGAUGCCACAUCAGCUGCUGUUUUAUGGAAAUAUACAUUAUACACACACAUGUAGUAGUUUUGCAUUUGUUCAAAUGAGAGACGGGAAUGAAUAAAGUAAACUGAAGCA